AUGCGUUUCUUCGAAUGGGUCGUUGGCCUCACCGUCGGCAUCGCCAAUGUGUCUCUCACCAGCGCCGACUACGUGCCCAUCAAUGCGAGCGCCGUGCUCGACGUGCCGCACACAGUCACGGCCGGCGAGGACACUCUCGUGCACUUGAACUUCUCCAACAGCGCCAAGGCAGGGUAUGAGCACCAAUAUAUGGAGAUUUAUGCUUGGGCGUGGACGCAAAAGGAGGUGAAGGAUGACUGGUCGUCUACGCAGCCUGUACUGUACUGCCUUCUCGACCCAUGUGUUGCAACAAACCUAACCACCAUCUCCCUCAACGUCCCUGCCGACGCUCUCCCAGACGCGCGCAUGGCAGUCUCGUACGCUCUGUUCCACUCAGACAAGGUCGGCUUCAGCACUUGGGGCGACCAGUCUACCGACUUUAACCUGACCGGCGGCAAGGCCACACUUUCUGACUGGGAGGUUAAGAACGGUUGGGGAGCCGUGAGCCAUUGGACGACUCGCCUCCCCUGCACAUCCGUCGACUGCGCAAGGGCAUGCAUCGAGGAGCACCUGGAUCUGAACGAGUAUUACUACAACCAGGGCAGCCGAAAGACGGCAUUUGAGGCCUGUGUGGAGGGUUGCCCCGGUUUGCUAGCCAUGGGCGACUAUUCGAGUAGAACGUGUACCGUGGAGAACGCGACCAAGACAUCAUCUGAGGAAAAUGAGUCUGCCACCGCCAGUUCAUCGUCGGACGCGGCGUCGUCAUCAGUUGACUCCUCUGGACCGCGGGCAGCGGGCUCUGAUCUGGUUUCAAUUGUGUGGGUAGCAAUGGCAAUAGCACUGUGUACACUUUUGUAA